AUGUUUUUAAUUUUCAUUUCACUACUAUUUUAAUCAUUUAGUCAAGAUCCUACUGUUUUUAAGGCGUCUGACAAAGUCUCUUAUAUAAUAAAGGAUAAAAUAUAGAGACCAGCAGAUUUGCUGUUCUUUACAGAAGGCCUCUCCUUUUUUUCAGAUGAUGUUUUAUUAGAGAGUACAGGUUUAUAUGGCGAUUCUGAGAUACAUUAUGUCGAUAAUGUCUUUGACAAAAAGAAAAUAGAACUCAAAUUACGUUAGCCUAUAGGUAAACAGUAUUUCGGUGAGGGAUGUUCAAAAAUUAAAAACAAAAACGGUAAAGAUGAAAUCUAUAUGUUGACUUGGAAGGAGAGAAAAGCAUUUCAAUUGGAUAGCAAUUUGCAAUUAGUUAAAGAAUUGGAAAUUCCAGGAGAAAUCUAGGAAGGAUGGGGGAUGACCUCCUAUAGGAAUAAUGAGGGGGAUGCGAUGCUCUUAAUAUCAGACGGAACAAAUAGAUUGUAUCAUGUUGAUCCAAGUGACUUUAAGGUUAAGAAAACAGUAAGCGUACGUUUAGGGAAUGGAGAAGCACUCAAUAAACUGAAUGAAUUAGAAAUCAUUGGAGAUGGCACUGUUCUAGCCAACAUUUAUGAGACUCCAUUGAUUGCUUAGAUAGAUCCACAUGAUGGGAAGUUGAUGGAUGUUCUUGACUUUACUGCAUUGAUCUAGGAUGUUGAGAGUGUGAAGGGCAAAGGGUAUACAGACCCUAUGUUUAACAAGGUGUGGUAAUCUCAUAUUAAGCGGCAAAUAAUGGCCUUAUUUUUAUUAAAUUGA